CCAAACCAAUUCCACUUCCUUGACUCCACCUUAUCUCCUUUCUCUUCAAGUUCGCCGAGAAACUGGGUACUUCCCAGGAGCCGUGAGUAGAGCUGUAAUGUCUCUAGCCUUCUCUCCCAUUCACGCGAGCCCUCAUUCUGUUUCUAGGCGCGAAGCUUAGACAUUUAGGCAUUUAGAUUCAGCUAUUUACGCGGGAAGAUGAGUUCAAUGAUGUUACGACAUCCGGUGAAGCUGAGGGGUGUGGAGGUUUAUAAGGACGGCUGGCUUGCUCGCAUUCAGAUUCGCGGGACUCGCUGCCGCUUCGGCAUGUUCUCCUGCCAGCAGGAAGCGGCACGAGUGUACGACAGGCUGUCGUACAAGCUUCACGGAGCCAGAGCCGUCACCAACGGCUCGAUCGACGAGGACACCAAAGCCGAGAUCGAGUGUUCCUCCCUCGAGUCGAUGCUGGCUGUCGUCCCCGCCAUAGAUCCGCACCCUCUCUACCAAUCCUCGUGGCAGGAAGAGGGUGGCGAAGCGGAGGAGGACGAGGAGGAGGAGGAGGAGGCGGCGGCGGAGCAAUCCAUAAGUUACGACAGCGAUACGACAGCUCCCUCGCCGGAUAGAAUCAGAUCCGAUAGGAUCAGAUCCGAUAAGAGUAAUCCUGCUGACACCAUGCUUCCAGAGUUGCUAGUCGAAGCCGAAAGCCGCAGGCGUGUAGGCAGCAGCAGCGAGCCAUGGGCGUCGCCGUGCUCGCAGGGAUCUGGGAGGAUCUCCCGGUCCGAAGAGUCCUCGUGCGCGUGCUGCGAUACAAGGGAAUGCACUAACGGGUACAAGAGCGGAUCGCGCUCAGAUCCCGCGGCCUGCGAAUGGGACCGCCCUUCUAGAAGGUGCCACGUGGCGUCGUCCAACUCGGGGAGCGUACUCGGUAUAACCGGUUCCGAUUCGGGCAGCGACGAGGUGAACUGGAGCAGUGGCGGCGUGAAGAGGUCAGGCGACGGUGGCUGCAAUGGCGGCGGUGACUGCGGCGGCGAUGGCGGUGGCGAGUGCCCGGGCAUGUUGGUGUUUACUGUGCGGAAGAAGCGGCGAAUGCGGUCUCGACCGCUGACGUGGAGCAACGCCUCCCCCAGAAACGGCUCGGAAGGAGUCGAUGUCGGAGCUCGCGAGGCGGUUCGGACCGAAGCAGAGGUUCGGAGUGACUCGGGGGCGGAGCUUCCGAUCCUGGUGAAGUCGGAGCCGUCAGCGGAGCUCGUUAUGGAGGAGGCACGCGAGGCACGCAACGUCGAGUCAGGGUCGCUGCUAUGUUCGGAGGACCUACACCCGAGAGGCAAGAAGGUGGCUGCUGCUGCUUCAACUGCUGGUGCUGCGGCUGGUGCUACCGCUGGUGGUCGAACGGUGUCGGGGCGGAGGCCGAGGGCGCGCAAUACCGUCAGCGGCAGAAGCGGCGGCAGCAGGAGCAGGAGCGCGGUGACGACGGUGCGGGUGGAGUACGACCCCGCGUACUGCUGGAAGCUCCGAGCAGAACCCCCGUUCCCCUCGCAGCCACGAACUGCGGACGGCCCCCCUGCUGCUGAGAACGAAGGUUCCAGGAACAGCACCGCUGUGGAGGUGGCAGUGGCUCUCUCCAGCUGUACCCGUUUCCAGCCGCCUCGUUACACGCCCGGCAGUAGCACCACUGUAGCAGUCGAAGCUAUCAAAGCGCCGGUCGAAGUAGCAGUUGCCCUGUCGAGCUCCUGCCGUCCCCAGAUGGGCCCUCUCUCGCGGUGCAGCAGCAGCAGCAGCAGCAGCUGGGUCAAAAGCACAGGCGCUGGUAGCUCCAAUGGGGUGGAAGCAGCAGCAGAGGGGGCAGCAGCGGCAGCAGGGGCAGCAAUGGCAGCUGUGGCAGCAGCGGCGGCAGUGGCAGCGGCAGCAGUCAACAGCAGCAGCAGCAACAACAGUCCAGAGAAGACGCCUGCUUUACCUUUUGCUUGGCCCCUGCUGGUGGAUGUCGCAACCUGCGACACCUACACCCCGUUCUCAAUGCCACAACUCCCGCCCAUGGUCCAAUCCAGCCCCGCCACGUCGCCUGCCACGUCACCAGUGCACCUACGUUCGAGUGAGCCAUUCUCGCAUGGAAAUGCAGAAGCGAAAGUGGGAGGCGCAAAGGGAGGGUGGAUGGGGAGCGUGGGGAUGCUCGAGGGGAAGAGGGGCGGAGAGGGGGGCGAUGAUGGGAAGGCGGAUAGCAGCAUCUAUGUGGCGGCGCAGUGGCUCGUGGAUAUGGCUGCUGGGAGGAGCGCUGCUGUGUGCUGAGGGGUUGAUGGGAGUGCGGGGGAGUGCGGAUGGUGAUUUCAGGCAUGUGGAUGAGGGUGUGGGGGUGCAGAGGAUUGCCGGAGAGGGAAGGAUGAUUGCCCUCGGAGCACGUGUGCACCGGCUGGUUUGUCUCGGGGUGUGCUUGCUUGAGUGUGUUGGCUUGGCGCUGUUUGGGGGUUGAUUAUGUUGUGCAUAGGUCUAUGGGAGAGGGUGGCUGGGAUUUGCGUCUGGUGCUGAUGGGGCAUGGUGCAUGGUGGUUGGUGCAUGUGGCAUGGUGCAUGGUGCAUGGUGGAUGCCGGUGUUCAUGCCAUGGUGCAUGGGAGGGGGGAUGCUGUGGAUGGGAAGCAUGUGGGGGCCAAUGGGAGGGAGGGGGUUCUCUACAGACCGGGUGGUGUGCAGUUGGGGGAGACUAAUUACCUUGGAGGGCGGAGCGGCUGAGCCUGCAAGCGCGCUGGAUUAGGGCGUGCUGCCCUCAUUUUGGUGUUUCGUUACAAAUAAAGAGGUGCUUAUAAAUAGCAUGUCUAUUAUUUUCUGGUGUGUGUAUUACAUUCCUAUUGCUUAUUAUUG